UACGAGCACGCUGGCAUUCUUACUUGUGAAUACGCAUAUUUAUCCUGAUUCAGGUUCCAGACAAAGCACGCCUCCACAUUAUCAUUGUCGGGGCAGGUCUUAGUGGCAUUGCUGCCGCAAUCUCCGCGGCUCUCUCCGGGCAUUUUGUUGAAGUCAUAGAACAAGCACCCGAACUCGCUGAAGUAUAAGCCGGGCUUCAAGUCACUCCCAAUGCCUCAUGACUGCUACAGUAUUGGGGUCUACCAGAGUUCGUCUGGGAAGCAGCAGCAGAGCCCAAGAAAUUGACGGUACACCGUUAUUCAGGACAGGUUUUGGCGCAUGAUGCCUCAUUCGAUAUAAACAUUCGGGCAAGUUAUAAUGCACCUUUUGUGAAUAUGCAUCGAGGAGAUCUUCAGAAGGCACUGUACAUGCGAGCGCGAGACCUGGGAGUCGCUUUUCACCUUGGUAAGGUGAGAGGAUCGAAAGCAAUGACUUUGAGUCUACAACGGUGUGUUCUAUGAAAGGACAUAGUUUCUCAGGUGAUCUUAUAAUCGCUGCCGAUGGGUUAUGGUCCAAAUGCCGGGAUGCUUUUGUCGGAAGGAAAGAUGAGCCAGUCCCAACGGGAGAUCUAGCAUAUCGAAUUGUCUUGACCGCAGAUCAAAUUACAGACCCCAAGCUGAGAUCGCUGGUCCAGAAUCCUGAAGUUCAUUUCUGAAGAGGGCCCGGGGCUCAUGCUGUCGGUUAUUCAAUGCGAGGAGGGAAGAUGUAUAACAUUGUUCUGCUUGUACCAGACAAUCUGCCUGCAGGUGUCUCCAAGCAGGCAGGCUCUGUGGAGGAGAUGCGAGAGCGUUUUGUUGGCUGGGAUCCGAUGUGAGCAUGUGCAGAAAGUGACAAGGAGGCUGUUGAUUGACUGAUUGCUCUAGCC